UUCCUGGCAAAGAGGGGGGUGAGAGAGGACAUAGCCACGUUUGAGGCAAGGAACAUCAGUCAUGAGAUCCGUCAGAGUGUGGAGGAGCUGCUGACCAAAAACAAAGCCUCCUUCGACCCCAAGGUGAACUUGUUAGUCUAGCCAGUUAGCCUAGCCAGUUAGCCUAGUGCUACAGCUCAAGGUGAAAGUUGUACCUGAUCACAGAUCUAGGAUCAGAUUAUCCUACACUUAACCAUUAGGGGGACGACUUGUCUGAACCCUGUUUCAGUGGUUAGGGCCAACUUCUACCUUCUCCCUUAGGGGAGAACAACUGCCACUGAUGUAUUCGCUGCUCUGGCACCCCAAUGGUGGAACAAGCUCCCCCACGAUGCCAGGACAGCGGAGUCACUGACCACCUUCCGGAGACACUUGAAACCCUACCUCUUUAAGGAAUACCUGGAAUAGUAUAACAGUAAUCAUUCUACACCCCCCCCCAUAAAAAAAAGGGUGGUUGUCCCACUGGCUAUACUAAGUUGAAUGCACCAAUUUGUAAGUCGCUCUGGAUAAGAGCGUCUGCUAAAUGACUUAAAUGUAAAUGUAUAUGAUGUGAUGGACAACUACUGCAACUACUAUUAACCUAGCUCUAGAGCUACAGGCAGCCACCUAUGCACCUUUAUAGAAGCGGUUAGCUAAUAGCUGUCGAGCUGAAGAGAUCAUUUGAGCCUCCUAAAGUAAACCUCCUUGCUCUUACUCCAGGCUGUGUUGUUGUUGUUGUUGUUGUUGUCAGAAUGCUAGGCGUGCACGUGCUGCGGCUACUCCCUUGGCUAACUGUGUGAAGGCCAACAUUCAUUAUUCACAGGUCCUGGAGAGGACACAGCCACUGGAGAAAAAACAGGCUGGACUACUGGAGUGAGGCUAUACACACACGCUCACCCCUAAUCCUCAAGCAUAAUUUGAUGUGUGUUGCGUGUUUUUGUGUGUGUGUGUGUGUGUGUGUGUGUGUGUUUGUGUUUGUAUGUGUGUGUAGGAACUUGAGGAAGACAGAGAGUCGGAAGACUAAACUGGAGGAGCAGCUCAACUCUGUGGGGCAGAAAGAUAAGUCAGUAUAUGUUUUCCCUCCAUCCCCUGACAGCCUCUCUCUAUUCUACUGUCUCACUGAUUAACUCUGCUCUGUUGUCAAAUCAAAUCAAAUCAAAUGUUAUUUGUCACAUAUACGUGUUUAGCAGAUGUUAUUGCGGGUGUAGCGAGAUACUUGUGCUUCUAGCUGCGACAGUGCAGUAAUAUCUAACAAGUAAUAUCACAACAUAUACCCAAUACUCACAAAUCUAGUAAGGAAUGGAAUUUAAGAAUAUAUACAUAUAUGGACAAGCAAUGACAGAGCGGCAUGGACUAAGAUACAGUAGAAUAUUAUAGAAUAGAAUACAGUAUAUACAUAUGAGAUGAGUAGUGCAAUAUACAGUGGGGAGAACAAGUAUUUGAUACACUGCCGAUUUUGCAGGUUUUCCUACUUACAAAGCAUGUAGAGGUCUGUAAUUUUUAUCAUAGGUACACUUCAACUGUGAGAGACGGAAUCUAAAACAAAAAUCCAGAAAAUCACAUCGUAUGAUUUUUAAGUAAUUAAUUUGCAUUUUAUUGCAUGACAUAAGUAUUUGAUCACCUACCAACCAGUAAGAAUUCCGGCUUAGAAAUACAGGGCUUAAAAACAAAGGUGUCAUUGUACGCAGAUGAUUCAUGUUUUCUUUUAGAUCCACAACUAGAAUCCCUCCACAGCCUCAUAGAGGAUCUAGAUACAUUUUCUAACCUCUCUGGAUUAAAACCAAAUUAUGACAAAUGUACUAUAUUACGUAUUGGAUCACUAAAAAAUACAAUUUUUACAUUACCAUGUAGUUUACCAAUAAAAUGGUCUGAUGGUGAUGUGGAUAUACUCGGAAUACAUAUCCCAAAGGAAAUAAAUGAUCUCACUUCAAUAAAUUUUAAUAGAAAGUUAGCAAAAAUAGAUAAGAUCUUACUACCAUGGAAAGGAAAAUACCUGUCAAUUUGUGGAAAAAUCACCCUGAUUAACUCUUUAGUAUUAUCCCAGUUUACCUAUUUGCUUAUGGUCUUGCCUACGCCUAGUAAACAGUUUUUUAAAUUAUAUGAGAAUAAAAUAUUCAAUUUUAUUUGGAGUGGCAAGCCAGACAAAAUUAAAAGAGCAUAUUUAUAUAAUGAAUAUGAAUUCGGAGGACAGAAAUUAUUAAAUAUUAAAGCAUUAGACCUAUCACUAAAAGCUUCAGUCAUACAAAAGUUAUACUUAAAUCUGAACUGGUUCUCAAGCAAAUUAGUAAGAUUGUCUCACCCACUGUUCAAGAAAGGCCUUUUUUCCCUUUAUUCAGAUUACAACCUCUCACUUUCAGUUAUUUGAAAAGGAAAUAAUCUCCCAAAUGUCACUAUUUCUAAAACAAGCCAUAGAAAGUUGGUUGCAAUUUCAAUUUAAUCCUCCAGAAACGACAGAACAAAUAAUGCAACAAAUAUUGUGGUUACAUUCAAAUAUACUAAUUGACAAAAAACCUUUAUUUUUUGACAGAAUGUUUAAAAAAGGUAUAAUCUUCGUAAAUGAUAUCAUCGGUAGGACUGGUGGAGUUAUGUCGCACAUGCAGCUAACAAAAACAUAUGGAAAUGUCUGCUCUACCCAAAAUUACAACCAAAUAAUUGCAGCCUUACCGCAAAAGUGGAAGAGGAAAGUUGAAGGGGGAGAAAGUAAGGAACUUGUCUGUCGGCCUUGCAUUAAAGAACAUAAUUGGUUAAGGAAAACUGUGAUAAAUAAAAAAGUAUAUCAGUUUCACUUAAGGACCAAAGGAUUGACAGCCGUCCCAUAUAUAUUGCAAAAUAGUUGGGAAGAGAUCUUUGACGUACCGAUCCCAUGGCAUAGUGUUUAUGAACUGACACGCAAAACGACACCGGAUUCAAAAAUUAGAAUCUUUCAAUUUAAAUUAUUAUAUAAAAUUCUUGCUACCAAUAGAAUGUUAUUUAUAUGGGGGAUACAAUCUUCCGAGCUCUGCAGAUUUUGCUGUGAAGAGAUAGAAUCAUUAGAUCAUUUGUUUUGGUUCUGUCCAUUUGUAGCUUGUUUUUGGACACAGGUCCAGGAAUGGCUAAAGGAUUGCAAUAUUUACCUGGAACUAACCUUGCAGAUAGCAUUACUGGGUGAUCUGAAAAGUCAUAGUCAAUCAAUCAAUAAUAUAAUAAUACUUUUAGCAAAAAUGUUUAUUUUUAAUUCACAAUCUGUAGAAGCAAUGAGAAUAGAAAGGUUCAGAACUUUUGUAAAACAUCACAGUAUGGUUGAAAUAUAUAUGGCAAAUAGAAAUCCUAUAUGGAUGGUGUUAAGAGAUAGAUGGGAGGUAUUGAAUAGAGUUCAAGGAUGGGACUAAUAACAAAUAACAACAAAUAAUAACAAAGAUAGCUAAUAAUGUAAGCAUACUGUGUCCAUAAUAAGUAUAUAGGUUGUAUGUUGGGAGCUUUUGGGAAAGAGCACAGUUAGAAAGAUAUGGCAUUUAGAAGCAAACCGGAUGGACAUCAUGAAAAUGAUCGGAGAGGUUUAGAGUAGAAGAAGUUCAGGAGCAAAAAAUAAAUAUAUAUAUAUAUAUAUAUAUAUAUUAUAUAUAUAUAUAUAUAUAUAUAUAUAUAUAUAUAUAUAUAUAUAUAUAUAUGUAUAUAUGUAUAUAUGUAUAUAUAUAUAUAUAUAUAUAUAUAUAUAUAUAUAUAUAUGGAUAUAGAAUUAUUGUAAAAUUAACUCUGUCCAUAAGGUGUAGAUAGUAAUUAUAGACCGGAAGUAGAGGCCUGGGCGUUGUUGUUCACUAAUUUACUCCAAGUAGGGAAAGGAUGGUGGGGUUGAAAAGUAAUAAAGGGGAAUAUAUAUAUAUAAAAAAUAAUAAAAAACAUGGGGGAUUGGAAGUGAUGCAGACAAUUACAUUGAUAGAAGAUACAAUCUAUCUGCAAUAUUAAGCUGAUCCAUCCCCCAAAAAAAGAAGAAAAAAAAUAAUAAAAAAAAUAAUAGAAUUCCGGCUCUCACAGACCUGUUAGUUUUUCUUUAAGAAGCCCUCCUGUUCUCCACUCAUUACCUGUAUGAACUGCACCUGUUUGAACUCGUUACCUGUAUAAAAGACACCUGUGCACACACUCAAUCAAACAGACUCCAACCUCUCCACAAUGGCCAAGACCAGAGAGCUGUGUAAGGACAUCAGGGAUAAAAUUGUAGACCUGCACAAGGCUGGGAUGGGCUACAGGACAAUAGGCAAGCAGCUUGGUGAGAAGGCAGCAGCAGAGCAACUCAUACACCAACUGGAUGGAGAACACACACGCUGGAAUGCCCAGGUGUGUGUGUGUGUGUGUGUGUGUGUGUGUGUGUGUGUGUGUGUGUGUGUGUGUGUGUGGAUGGUGUGUUUGUAGAGGGGAGAUGUAUCCUGCUGACUCGGUCCCUCCUGGCUGUUUUUACUUCUCUCUCUCCAGCAUCUGUCUGCUCUUUAAUUAAAGCACUCAAUCUCCCACAGUCUCCCUCAGACACACACACACACACACACACAUGCGCAAGCGCCCUCCCGCAUUAGUCCUCUAUUCUAAAACAAACCACUGCAGGGGCGUGGCAAUUUUUUGGGGGGUCCACACACGCACGCACGCACGCACACACACACACACACACACACACACACACACACACACACACACACACACACACACACACACACACACACACACACACACAGACACACACACACACACACACACACUGUCCUGCUUGGAGCCCUCACCAGUGACUGCUUUACCUGCUAAUCAUGGACAUACACACACUCACCUCUCCACACUCCCACAGUCAGUGUAUGAACUCCGGUGGUGGUGGUCUGUUCCUAUUGCUCACCAAAUGGUCUGCUAUUCGUUUAGCCUCCACACUGCACAGAUGUUCUGGCACUGAGCCAUGGUCUGGGUAUGUUCUCACACUCUGUGCUUAUGGCAGUUCUACCUGAGCUGCUGUUUAGGUAAUAACAACUAAAUCAGCUCACAACUAAAGCAGCUCGCCAAUGUCCUGCAACUGAGUUUAGUGUGUGUGUGUGUUUGUGUGUGUGUGUGUGUUUGUGUGUGAGCGUGUGUGUGCAUGUGUGUUUGUGUGUGCGCGCGUACACAUAUGUGUGUGUGUCAGGUGGCUGAGAUCACUGAGGAGUUGGAUACCUUGCCUAAGAGAGCGAUGCUGGCAGCAGCCUUCAUCACAUACCUGUCUGCUGCUCCAGAGGACAGGAGACGAAACAGCCAGGAGACAUGGAUGAAGGCUUCUGGACUACAGAGUGAGACACACACACACACACACACACACACACACACACACACACACACACACACACACACACACACACACAACCUUUGUCUCUUUCUGUCCUCUCUCUCUGACAAUGUGUGUGUGUGACUGUGAUACAAUCUUUCUCUCUCUCUCAAUUAAAUUAAAUUAAAUUCAAUUCAAUUCAAUGGGGCUUUAUUGGCAUGGGAAACAUAUGUUUACAUUGCCAAAGCAAGUGAAAUGGAUAAACAAAAGUGAAAUAAAUAAUACAAAGUGAACAGUAAAUAUUACACUCAUACAAGUUCCAAAAGUCAUAUUAUGUCUAUAUACAGUGUUGUAACAAUGUGCAAAUAGUUAAAGUACAAAUGGGAAAAUAAAUAAAUAUGGGUUUAAUUUAUAAUGGUGUUUGUUCUUCACUGGUUGCCCUUUUCUUGUGGCAACAGGUCACAAAUCUUGCUGCCGUGAUUGCACACUGUGGUAUUUCACCGAAUAUAUAUGGGAGCUUAUCAAAAUUGGAUUUGUUUUCUAAUUCUUUGUGGGUUUAUGUAAUCUGAGGGAAAUAUGUGUCUCUAAUAUGGUCAUACAUUCACCCACAUCAUUUUGUGUGCAGUGUGCACAUAGCCUGUCUUCUCUUGAGAGUCAGGUCUGCCUACGGCGACCUUUCUCAAUAGCAAGGCUAUGCUCACUGAGUCUUUACAUAGUCAAAGUUUUCCUUAAUUUUGGGUCAGUCACAGUGGUCAGGUAUUCUGCCGCUGUGUACUCUCUGUUUAGGGCCAAAUAGCAUUCUAGUUUGCUCUGUUCUUUCGUUAAUUCUUUCCAAUGUGUCAAGUAAUUAUCUUUUGGUUUUCUCAUGAUUUGAUUGGGUCUAAUUGUGUUGCUGUCCUGGGGCUCUGUGGGGUCUGUUUGUGUUUGUGAACAGAGCCCCAGGACCAGCUUGCUUAGGGGACUCUUCUCCAGGUUCAUCUCUAUGUAGGUGAUGGAUUUGUUAUGGAAGGUUUGGGAAUCGCUUCCUUUUAGGUGGUUAUAGAAUUUAAUGUCUCUUUUCUGGAUUUUGACUAUUAGCGUGUAUCGGCCUAAUUCUGCUCUGGAAGCAUUAUUUGGUGUUUUACGUUGUACACAGAGGAUAUUUUUGCAGAAUUCUGCAUGUAGAACCUCAAUUUGGUGUUUUCGCUUUUUGUGAAUUCUUGGUUUGUGAGUGGACCCCAGACCUCACAACCAGAAAGGGCAAUGGGUUCUAUAACAGAUUCAAGUAUUUUUAGCCAGAUCCUAAUUGGUAUGUAAAUUUUAUGUUCCUUUUGAUGGCAUAGAAGGCCCCUGCUUUGUGGAAGUUACUUGUGGCGCUGAUGUCUCUCUCUCUCUCUCUCUCUCUCUCUCUCUCUCUCUCUCUCGCCUCGCUCUCUCUCUCUCUCUCUCUCUCCCUCUCUCUCGUCUCGCCUCUCUCUCUCACUCUCUCUCUCUCUCUCUCUCUCUCUCUCUAGCUCUCUCUCUCUCUCACUCUCUCUCACUCUUCGCUCUCUCUUCUCCACUCUCUUGUCGCUCUCUCUCUCUUUCACUAUCUCUCUCUUUCUCUCUGAUUCAUCAUCUCUUUUCUGUCUUAUUUGGGAAGCGGUGCAGAUUAGAAAGCACUGGGUAGGUUUGGUAUGGUGUGUGAGUCCUCUGUGUUCCUCUCUAUGUUCCAGAUGUUUCUGUCGCUUUGCUCUUAGUGUAAGUGUUUGUGUUUGUGUUGUGUAGGUUGUGUAUGUUGUGUUGUGUUGUGUUGAUGUUGUUGUUGUGUAGUGUAGUGUUGUGUUGUUGUUGUUUUAGUGUUGUGUUUGUUGUGUAGUGUAGAUGUUUGUGUUGUGUUGUGUUGUGUUGUGUUGUGUUGUGUAGUGUUGUGUUGUGUAGUGUAGUGUUGUGUUGUGUUGUGGUAGUGUUGUGUUGUGUUGUGUUGUGUAGUGUUGUGUUGUGUUGUGUAGGGUUGUGUAGUGUUGUGUUGUAUAUUGUUAUGUAGUGUUGUAUAGUGUUGUGUAGUGUUGUGUUGAAGCUGAAUUCCCUCCCUGACUUGGAGAGUCAUGUGUUUUACAUACGGGGUCACAUCCAUUGUGACCCGUAUGUUAUUGUCGUUCAUCCCUCUCUCCUGUUUGUCUUUCAUCUGGCAUUGCUACAUUAAGAUCAAUGUGAUCAAGUCCCGGGUAAGAACUCACCCCAUCCAUCCAUCUAUACCCCCACCCUACUGCAGGCUGCCUGCAGAACACACACACAUGCACAAGCGCCCUCCCACAUAGCAACUACAUAAACCCUUUACUUGUGUUAGUCCUCUAUUCUAAAACAAACCACUGCAGGGGCAUGGCAACAGAAACAUUUACAGUUUGUUUAUAGAGGUUUCUCAUUUUGUUUGUCCAUAUUUUUCUUCUUUAAAUAAUUGAUUUGUUGUCCCAGACUUUGUAAUGGUUUUCUCACUAAUCAUCUUAACCAGUUUGUUGUUGCAUGAUGCCUCUAGAGGCACUAAAUAGCUAGACACAAAUAAGAGUUUCCAUGAAAAGUAGCUUUUCCUUCUGAUUUGGCUAUUUUGUUGAUAAUCCUAUUUUUGUCCCAUAGGACUUUGGUUGCUUAGUGUGUGUGUGUGCGUGUGCAUGUAUGUGUGCACGGCUUCACCAGGCUUAGUCAGUCUUCUGAAUGAGUGGCCUUUGCUUUGUAGAUAUAAUUACACUCUGAAAUUAAAGUGUAAUCAGGGAUUUUUCACCACACACAGCCUCUGCAGCAAUCUGUGGCUGUGGUGUGUAAGAGCUCAGCCUCUUAACUUCUGUCUUUCCCAAAAACACAGCCUACAGAAGAACACAUAAUAACUGUUUCUGAAUGGGUCACCAUUUCUACAUUGUACUCUCAGUAAGAGACCCACUGUGCCGUUGUUUACCCUCUCCCUUCUACACCCCCUCUACCGUCACUCCCCUCCUGCACCCUCUCAACCGUCACUCUCCCUCCCUUCUGAACCCUCUCAACCGCACUCUCCCUCCUGCACCCUCUCAACUGUCACUCUUCCUCCCUUCUGAACCCUCUCAAACGUCACUCUCCCUCCUGCACCCUCUCAACUGUCACUCUCCCUCCCUUCUGAACCCUCUCAAACGUCACUCUCCCUCCUGAACCCUCUCAACUGUCACUCUCCCUCCCUUCUGAACCCUCUCAACGUCACUCUCCCUCCUGAACCCUCUCAACUGUCACUCGCCCUCCUACACCCUCUCAACCGUCACUCCCCCUCCUGCACCCUCUCAAAUGUAAAAAUCCCUCCUGCACCCUCUCAACCAUCCCUCUCCCCCCUCCCUCCACUGUCUCCCUCCCCUCUCCCUCCCCUCCCUCAUGUUCCUCUCCCCUGUCUCUCCCCUCCCCUCUCUCCCCUGUCUCCCCCCUCCCCACUCCCUCCACUCUCUCCAAUCUCCCCUGUCUCCCCCAUCCCUCCAGCCCUACUGAGUAAAGAGGGGAGUCUGUCAGUCUAUGGUAGCAGAGUGAGUGAAGUAGGCGGUUUGAGUGAAGUGGUCUCUGUAGAUGACUCUGUCAAAACUAGGGUUGCAAAGCUACUGGUAAUUUGCCAAAAUUACCAGAAUCGUCAGCAAUAUUGGUAAUUAACAGAAAAUCUAUGGCAAUCUAUCGUAACUUUGGUAAUUUAUAAUUGAAUAACUUAAAAAAUGUAUUCGACAUAGUAUUCAUUUAUUAUAUCUGUGUCCAUAUUGUCCAUGAGUUUCUAGUAGAUAGAUGGUUCAAGAGAAAAUAGCCUGAUUAAUGAAAAAAGCAUCUAAUCAACAAUGGCAUUAUUAUCAAUUAGCUCUCCAACUUUUUUCACAACUGCCACCAGUUUGAUGCCAAAACAUUGACAACAAAUCAAUACAUUGCCUAGUGAAAGUCGACACACCUCUUGCAUGGUCUUCACAUUUUGUUGCCUUAAAAUUAAAUAAGAAAAUGUAUUAAAUUGACAUAUUCAAAGUGAAUGAAAUAUAACAGAGAAAUGUCCAAACAAAUUACAAAUAAUGAAAUGUUUUAAUUAAUUUGGAAAACGUUCUAUAAUAUUUGAAUUAGGUUAUGUGGAUAAGUAAGAGAAAAUCCUAAUUUAUUCCCUUUUGAGAUUUAAUUUUAAGGCAACAAAAUGUGAAUACUGUGCAAGGGGUGUGUAGACUUACUAGUGACUAUUGACAGUAAAACAUAAGUUUGUAAAAAAGUAAACAAAGGAUAUUUCAUGCUGAAACCCUCACAUUAAACAGCAAUGGUAUUCACUAAGUUGAUGGUUUAUUUUUAAAGUAGGUUCAUGUUUUACAGCUUUGUCAUUCUAUUUCUUUUUAAAUAAUCUUAUUUAAUUAUUUCAUACAUUUUACAUGUGAUAAAGCCACACUAAGAUGAUUACAGACACCAGUGAUAAUCUGAAGUACCCAAAAGGGCCACUAGAUGUCUUGUGAUAGAUUACAUAAAAACAUUGAAAGAUACCAAAAUUCUGAUAGUUUACUGGUAAACUUAGAAAGUUUCCAGUAAUAUACCCUCCCUUUGCAACACUAGUCAAAACUGUGAUUCUUAGACCCUUUAUAAAGGAUGUCUGGUGUGCUCCCACAUUAAUUUACUGCAAACAUGCAAUAAAAGGGUGUUCCACUGGUGUUUGGGGCUGUGUGACAUGUCUGUUCAGUGUGUCUGUCAUAAAUUGCCCUCCAAACUGUGGUUCUGUUCUCUAUGCUAGGUCUGGUAGAGAGUGUAAAGGUUGGACCAUCACAGCAGAUGUGUCAGAUGUGUGAUUGUCAGCCCUGGGAGACUGUAGAUAAAGGCAUUGCAGUUUACACAGACAGGGCCAUAAACAUCAACCACACCACUUCUAAAGCAUAUAUGAAUCUACAGAGAGAAAGAGGGAGAGAGAGAAAGGAUGAAUAAAAUAAUACUUGGGAUCAUAAUGAAGGAGGGAUGGGGAAAGAUAAACAGAAAGGACAUGGUUUAGAGAGAUGGAAAGAGAGAAAAGGCAAGAUGGCAUUAAAUAGAGGGAGCCAAAGCAUUAAAGAGAGAUUUCAUCCCUUGUGCUUGGUGGUUAAAGCCAUCCAAUGGCUGGCUGCUCUGAAUCCAGACAGUCGCUGGCCAAUCACUGUGACAGGUGUGAGAGAGUAUUGGACUGGGCAUCAAAGAUUCUCCUCACAGAGAAGAAACUUCUGCAUCUGUCUUAAUACAUCUCUCCUUUCCUGCUCUCUCUCACUCUCUUCUCUUCCUCUCUCAGCUCUCUCUCUCUCUUGGCUCUCACUCUCAGCUUUCUCUCGCUCCUUGCCAAUCUCUCUCCAAUCCUCUCUCUCUCCUCUUCCUCUUCUUCUCUCCUUCUCUCGUCUUCUCUCUCCUUCUCUCUUCUCCUCGCUCUCUCUCUCCUCCUUCCUCUCUCUCUCUCUCUCUCUCUCUCUCUCUCUCUCUCUCUCUCUGUCUGUUGCGUGUCCAUUCCUCAUCAAACCCUCCUCUCGGGCUACAGAGUGGCUCCAUACUCACCAGAAUGAGCAUUGCCUUGAGGUCUUCAACCAGCAUGUACACCUGUCAGUCACACCUGUCAGUCAAAAGCUGUCUUAGUCAUAAUGUAACCAGUUAGAUACCAGUUGUGACAUCAGACCAGGCAUUAGUCCUGUUAUCAGAAAUACUCCUCUCUGUGUGUUUUCCUACAGGACCCUAACGUCAUCACGUCUCUGGAACUGGCUGUCCGUUUUGGGAAAACUCUGAUCAUCCAGGAGAUGGAUGGAGUGGAGACGGUACUCUACCCACUACUGAGGAGAGACCUGAUAGCACAGGGUGAGUCGACACACACGAUGAUGACAGGGUGAGUCUACACACACGAUGAUGACAGGGUGAGUCUACACACACUAUGAUGACAGGGUGAGUCUACACACACGAUGAUGACAGGGUGAGUCUACACACACGAUGAUGACAGGGUGAGUCUACACACAAUAUGAUGAUAGGGAGAGUCUACAUACAUUAUGAUGACAGGGUAGGUCUACAAACAAUAUGAUGAAAGGGUGAGUCUACACACACGAUGAUGACAGGGUGAGUCUAAACACGCUAUGAUGACAGGGUGAGUCUACACACACGAUGAUGACAUGGUUGAAUCUACACACACGAUGAUGACAGGGUGAAUCUACACACUCGAUGAUGACAUGGUUGAAUCUACACACACGAUGAUGACAGGGUGAGUCGACACAUACAAUGAUAACAGGGUGAGUCGACACACACAAUGAUGACAGGGUGAAUCUACACACACUAUGAUGACAGGGUGAGUCUACACACACAUGAUGAUGACAGGGUGAGUCUACACACACUAUGAUGACAGGGUGAGUCUACACACACGAUGAUGACAGGGUGAAUCUACACACACUAUGAUGACAGGGUGAGUCUAAACACACGAUGAUGACAGGGUGAGUCGACACAUACAAUGAUGACAGGGUGAGUCGACACACACAAUGAUGAUAGGGUGAGUCUACACACACUAUGAUGACAGGGUGAGUCUACACACACGAUGAUGACAGGGUGAGUCUACACACACGAUGAUGACAAGGUGAGUCUACACACAUGAUGAUGACAGGGUUGGUCUACACACAAUAUGAUGACAGGGUGAGUCUACACACAUGAUGAUGAGAGGGUUGGUCUACACACAAUAUGAUGACAGGGUGAGUCUACACACAAUACGAUGACAGGGUGAGUCUAAACACACGAUGAUGACAGGGUGAGUCGACACAUACAAUGAUGACAGGGUGAGUCAACACACACUAUGAUGACAGGGUGAGUCUACACACACGAUGAUGACAGGGUGAGUCUACACACAAUAUGAUGAUAGGGAGAGUCUACAUACAUUAUGAUGACAGGGUAGGUCUACAAACAAUAUGAUGAAAGGGUGAGUCUACACACACGAUGAUGACAGGGUGAGUCUAAACACGCUAUGAUGACAGGGUGAGUCUACACACACGAUGAUGACAUGGUUGAAUCUACACACACGAUGAUGACAGGGUGAAUCUACACACUCGAUGAUGACAUGGUUGAAUCUACACACACGAUGAUGACAGGGUGAGUCGACACAUACAAUGAUAACAGGGUGAGUCGACACACACAAUGAUGACAGGGUGAGUCGACACACACGAUGAUGACAGGGUGAGUCUACACACACGAUGAUGACAGGGUGAGUCUACACACACUAUGAUGACAGGGUGAGUCUACACACACGAUGAUGACAGGGUGAGUCUACACACACGAUGAUGACAGGGUGAGUCUACACACAAUAUGAUGAUAGGGAGAGUCUACAUACAUUAUGAUGACAGGGUAGGUCUACAAACAAUAUGAUGAAAGGGUGAGUCUACACACACGAUGAUGACAGGGUGAGUCUAAACACGCUAUGAUGACAGGGUGAGUCUACACACACGAUGAUGACAGGGUGAAUCUACACACUCGAUGAUGACAUGGUUGAAUCUACACACACGAUGAUGACAGGGUGAGUCGACACAUACAAUGAUAACAGGGUGAGUCGACACACACAAUGAUGACAGGGUGAGUCUACACACACAAUGAUGACAGGGUGAAUCUACACACACUAUGAUGACAGGGUGAGUCUACACACACUAUGAUGACAGGGUGAGUCUACACACACUAUGAUGACAGGGUGAGUCUACACACACUAUGAUGACAGGGUGAAUCUACACACACUAUGAUGACAGGGUGAGUCUAAACACACGAUGAUGACAGGGUGAGUCGACACAUACAAUGAUGACAGGGUGAGUCGACACACACAAUGAUGACAGGGUGAGUCUACACACACUAUGAUGACAGGGUGAGUCUACACACACGAUGAUGACAGGGUGAGUCUACACACAUGAUGAUGACAGGGUUGGUCUACACACAAUAUGAUGACAGGGUGAGUCUACACACAUGAUGAUGAGAGGGUUGGUCUACACACAAUAUGAUGACAGGGUGAGUCUACACACAAUACGAUGACAGGGUGAGUCUAAACACACGAUGAUGACAGGGUGAGUCGACACAUACAAUGAUGACAGGGUGAGUCGACACACACUAUGAUGACAGGGUGAGUCUACACACACGAUGAUGACAGGGUGAGUCUACACACACGAUGAUGACAGGGUGAGUCUACACACAUGAUGAUGACAGGGUUGGUCUACACACAAUAUGAUGACAGGGUGAGUCUACACACACGAUGAUGACAGGGUUGGUCUACACACACUAUGAUGACAGGGUGAGUCUACACUCACUAUGAUGACAGGGUGAGGAGGAGGAGAUAGAGAUAGUGCUCUGGGUUCUACAGUCGUGGUCAAAAGUUUUGAGGAUGACACAAGUAUUGAUCUUCACAAAGUUUGCUGCUUCAGUAUUUUUAGAUAUUUUUGUCAGAUGUUACUAUGGUAUACUGAAGUAUAAUUACAAGCAUUCCAUAAGUGUCAAAGGCUUUUAUUGACAAUUACAUUACGUUUAUGCAAAGAGUCAAUAUUUGCAGUGUUGACCCUUCUUUUUCAAGACCUCUGCAAUCCGCCCUGGCAUGCUGUCAAUUAACUUCUGGGCCACAUCGUGACUGAUGGCAGCCCAUUCUUGCAUAAUCAAUGCUUGGAGUUUGUCAGAAUUUGUGGGUUUUUGUUUGUCCACCCACCUCUUGAGGAUUGACUACAAGUUCUCAAUGGGAUUAAGGUCUGGGGAGUUUCCUGGCCAUGGACCCAAAAUGUCGAUGUUUUGUACCCCGAGCCACUUCGUUAUCACUUUUGCCUUAAGGUAGAGUGCUCCAUCAUGCUGGAAAAGGCAACUGUUCUUGGAUGGUUGGGAGAAGUUGCUCUCGGAGGAUGUGUUGGUACCAUUCUUUAUUCAUGGCUGUGUUCUUAGGCAAAAUUGUGAGUGAGCCCACUCCCUUGGCUGAGAAGCAACCCCACACAUGAAUGGUCUCAGGAUGCUUUACUGUUGGCAUGACACAGGACUGAUGGUAGCGCUCACCUUGUCUUCUCCGGACAAGUUUUUUUCCGGAUGCCCCAAACAAUCGGAAAGGGGAUUCAUCAGAGAAAAUUACUUUACCCCAGUCAUCAGCAGUCCAAUCCCUGUACCUUUUGCAGAAUAUCAGUCUGUCCCUGAUGUUUUUCCUGGAGAGAAGUGGCUUCCUCGCUGCCCUUCUUGACACCAGGCCAUCCUCCAAAAGUAUUUGCCUCACUGUGCGUGCAGAUGCACUCACACCUGCCUGCUGCCAUUCCUGAGCAAGCUCUGCACUGGUGGUGCCCCGAUCCCGCAGCUGAAUCAACUUUAGGAGACGGUCCUGGCGCUUGCUGGACUUUCUUGGGCGCCCUGAUGCCUUCUUCACAACAAUUGAACCUCUCUCCUUGAAGUUCUUGAUGAUCCGAUAAAUGGUUGAUUUAGGUGCAACCUUACUAGCAGCAAUAUCCUUGCCUGUGAAGUCCUUUUUGUGCAAAGCAAUGAUAACGGCACGUGCUUCCUUGCAUGUAACCAUGGUUAACAGAGGAAGAACAAUGAUUUCAAGCACCACCCUCCUUUUAAAGCUUCCAGUCUGUUAUUCUAACUCAAUCAGCAUGACAGAGUGAUCUCCAGCCUUGUCCUUGUCAACACUCUCACCUGUGUUAACGAGAGAAUCACUGACAUGAUGUCAGCUGGUCCUUUUGUGGCAGGGCUGAAAUGCAGUGGAAAUGUUUUUUGGGGAUUAAGUUCAUUUUCAUGGCAAAGAGGGACUUUGCAAUUCAUUGCAAUUCAUCUGAUCACUCUUCAUAACAUUCUGGAGUAUAUGCAAAUUUCCAUCAUAAAAAUUGAGGCAGCAGACUUUGUGAAAAGUAAUAUUUGUGUCAUCUCAAAACUUUUGACCACGACGGUACUGUUCCUCUCCUCUAUGACAUCUCCUCAGGUACAGGAAGUGCUCAUGUUCCCAGCAUUCAGCCAUUGCCAUGGUGCCCAAAGACAGCAGACAUCCAUGAGUCAUCUAAGUCUUCAAGGCCCAUUAAAGCCAGACUCCCCAUCAAACUACAUACUCAUCACUAAUACAACCAUUAGUCAUGACAUUGGUACAUUUCACACUGGUUAUUCUUCCUCACUCACAUGAACAAUUUAUGUGUGUUUUCAUGUUUCAGCUUAAAGAUGAACAUGUCUUGGCCAUGUUGAACAUGAACAUGCCAUGGUCACAUGAACAUGCUAUUACCAUAAUACACGCUACAUGUGUUUUAACACACAUUCAUUUAUUCAAAAGGCAAGAAGGAGAGAUGACGAGAGUGUGAAGAAGGAGAGGAAGAGAGAAAGAGUGGUGUUGGUUAAAGGGUAGUGAAUCCACUGGAAGGAAAAGAGGGGGAUCAGCCAUCCACUGGAGGAUGGACAGGAGAAACGAAAAGAGGGAGGGAGGGAGGGAGGGAGGGAGGGAGGGAGGGAGGGAGGGAGGGAGGGAGGGAGGGAGGGAGGGAGGGAGGGAGGGAGGGAGGGAGCAGGGUGUGCUGCAAUGCAGAGAAGAGGCAGAGUUUAUAUCCAUAAAAUGUAAGUGCUGGAUUAACCCUUAUUUUUCUCUCUCUCUCUCUCUCUCUUUCUCUCUCCCCCUCCCUCCCUCAAUCUCUCCAGGUCUGCGGUACGUAGUUCAGAUAGGUGACAAGGUGAUAGAUUAUAACGAGUUCCGUCUGUUCCUGGCCACACGUAACCCCUCCCCCUUCAUCCCCCCUGAUGCUGCCUCUGUCGUCACUGAGGUCAACUUCAACACCACCAGAGCCGGCCUAUGGGGA